AUUGGAAGUAUGGCCAUGGCAGCUCAUCCCACAGAUGUGGAAGCAUUUGGUGGUCCACCCAGUUCUUCAGUUAGUGCAUCUGGGAACUCAGCCAUGGAGGAUGAUGACGUUGUGUUUAUUGAAUCAGUGCAGCUUCCAGUUUGUGCCCCAGCAGUGACUCAUGAAGGAAACUUUGUAUUUACAUCUUCAGAACAUGAAGAUGCACAAGGAAACUCUUCCAUGAUUCCCCCUUCAAGAGACUUGAUGUCUCAGAAGGGAAAUAUAUGUGAAACAAUUGUAAUUGAUGAUGAAGGGGACACAGAAAUAAAUGGAGAGGAGAAAAAUCCUAUCAAUUUUAUCCUACCUCGUGAAAAUAAUACCAAAAAUUUGGAUUUCUCCAUUUCCAGUCUAUCAAGAAGUAAGACUGAGACUGCAGUAGGACCUUUUAAUCCUGGUAGGAUUGAUGUUGCAGAUGCAAUUCAGAAUGGAAGAUUUGCAGCUCAUCACAAUCCUGAUUCUUGGAUCUCCCAGUCCGCGUCAUUUCCUCGUAACCAGAAACAACAAGGGGUGGAUUCUUUAUCACCAGUGGCCUCGCUUCCUAAGCAGAUAUUCCAGCCCUCAAACCAGCAGCAGCCCACUAAACCUGCUAAAAUCACUUGUGCACACUGCAAAAGUCCUUUGCAGAAGGGACAAACAGCUUAUCAACGAAAGGGAUCCGCUCACCUCUUUUGUUCAACCACCUGCCUUUCUUCUUUCUCUCAUAAACGUACUCGCAGAACACGGAAUGUAACAUGUAAAAAAGAUGCUCCUAUGAGGACUGCAACUCUUGUUCCUCCAGUAGAGUCAAGCAAGUCCUUACGAGAAUGUGCAUCCCUGUGUCCUCAUAACGACAACCAGAGUCUUAGAAGAGACGUCUUUACUAAGUCAAGAUGCAUAAUCUGUAAUAAACUAGGAGAGGUUCGCCACGAAAUUAGUAUUAACAAUAUAACACAUAAACUGUGUAGUAAUAAUUGCUUUAAUGAGUACAGACUGACGAAUGGUCUAAUAAUGAACUGCUGUGAACAGUGUGGCAAGUAUAUGCCCAAGAAUACUGGACACAACUUCCUGAUUACAGGCCAGCAAAAGAGAUUCUGCGGGCAGGAUUGUGCCAAUGUAUAUAAAGAGAUAAUGGAAAGAAAAGCAAAAAUAUCACUUUUACAAAACAGAAAAAGGAAUGCUAUCAGAGAAGAAAAUGAAAGAAAAUUACAUGAAUUAUCAAGUACAAUUUCAGAAAAAACACAAGAAAUACCAGGAAAAAAGGAAAAAUUUUCAGAGAUAGUAAAAGUUGCAGGAGAAUGUAGGCUAGAUACACCAUCGAGGGAGCAGAAUGAGAAUUUACCUUCUGUGACUGUAGGACCCGAUCCACCUCAAGAGCAACCGGGAGACAGAAAUUCAGAAGAAUUUGCUAUGUCAGUUGAACUUUCUUCAGAUCCAGGUUUAUGGCCCCAAAUUUUGAAUACGAAACAACGUGAUAUUCUUGUCAAAAAUGAUGCAACUCAAAUAAGAAAUUUUAAUUUUCCAAAAGACAGCACAGGAAGGAAGUUUUCAGAAACAUAUUACUCACGAAUUCUUCCAAGCGGUGAGAAGGGCAUCAGAUCCUGGCUGCUGUAUUCAGUCUCUAAAGAUGCUGUCUUCUGCCUGUAUUGCAGACUCUUUGGGGAAGGGAAAAAUCAGCUGAGAAAUGAGAAUGGCUGCAGAGAUUGGCAGCAUUUAUCACAUAUUCUUAGUAAGCAUGAAGAGAGCGAGGUGCACACCAGCAACAGUGCGAAGUAUUCCAGGUUAAGGAGUCACUUGGAAGGUAAAACCAGUGACUCUAUGGAACAGAGGUUUUAUGAAGAUGGUAAAGAUGGUGUGCUCCUGCUGUAUACAUAACCCUGCCCACUCUAGGCACAGCAGUAUCUGCAUC